AUGGAUUUCACCAAUUCUGGGCUGGAAGCUUCUCGUGGACUCAUCCUCCAGGAUCCUCGUGAAUUCAUCCUCCUCCACUUCUGGUCUCCUCGUGGACUCCUCCAGGACUCCUCCUCCGGUUGUGGGCUCCUCCUGGUCUCAUCCUCCAGGCUUCUCGUGGUCUCCUCCAGGCUCCAGGCUCCUCCAGGACUCCUCCAGGCUCCUCCUGGACUCCUCCUCAAGUUCUGUUCUCCUCGUGGACUCCUCCUCAAGUUCUGGAACUCCUCGGGGACUCCUCCUAAGAUUCUGGGCUCAUCGUGGAUUUCUCCAAUUCUGCUGAAUAUUCAGUCACCGGAUGACCAUUUUUGA